AUGAGCUUGGAAGUCGUCGGCGAGGACGGAGCCAUUGGGGAAGGCGAAGAAGGGCCGCCUCAGAAUCCCCAGCCUCUUCCCCCGCAACCCGUCCUCCCGGAGGAACUGCCGGUACCCGCCGGGGGGGAUGAACUCCGAUGCCUUCGCCGUCGCCAUUGAGUCCCUGGGGUCGUACCCGGCAAUCACCUCUAGCACCCGCACGGCGUCCGCUACAGUGCGGCCGAUGGGCCUGCGGCCGGCGGCGAGGAGGGUUAGGGUUUGAGGGAGAGCGGAGAUUGAGGAAGAAGGGGGGUUUCUCACCCGACUGUGUCCUGCCUGGGGGAGAUGGGUACGACGCCGGCGAGACUGGUGAGCCCGACGGUGGGCUUGAUGCCGACCAGGGCCUGGGAGGCGGCGGGGCAGAUGAUGGAGCCGUCGGUCUCCGUGCCCAGAGAGACGGUAACCAUGUUCGCCGCCACCGAGAUGGCUGACCCGCUGCUGGACCCGCACGGCGUGGCGGAGGGGUUGUAGGGGUUCAAGCCCUGGCCGCUGCGAGCGCACCACCCAUUGGGGGCGGACGAGGAGCGGAAUCCGGCCCAUUCCGACAUGCUGGCCUUCCCCAGGAUGACAGCGCCGGCCCUCCUCAGCCGCGUCACCACGCCGGCGUCCCGCGCCGACGUGGCCCCCACCAGGGCCAGCGACCCCGCCGUGGUGUUGAGCGGCGAGGCGGUGGCGAUGUUGUCCUUGAGGAGCACAGGAAUGCCGUGGAGGGCCCCCAGAUCCCCGUAAACCAAACACCGCCGCUUCUCGUCGGCGCGGUCCGCCUCCGAGAGGGCCGCCGGGUUGACCUCUAUGACGGCCCUGAGGCGGGGGUUGAGCGUCCGGAUGCGAUCGAGAUAGAACUCCACCAGCCGCCGUGAGGUGAGCUCGUUCCGGGAGAACGCCAGGUGGAUGCCCUCGAUGGUGGCCUCGCUUAUCUCAAAUCCUCGGACCACGGCGGCGCCCCCAAUCAGCAGAAGCACCUGGAGCAAUAGGAACCGGGGUGCGGAGAUCGGGACAGCCAUCAUCUCCCUCAGGUUCGCCAUACCCACCUGCUAUUCUCUCUGUGUGGGUGCCAUCGUCUCUCCCAUCGAUGAUCUUGGAGGCGACAGAGAGAGAGAGAGAGAUGAUCAAAGCAUCUACUUUUCCUGGUUGACCUGCCGUCCCAGUUCAUUCAUCAUGAAUUAAUUAUCAUUUCAGUCUGGGCCCUUGAUGCGUCAAUUCAAUGUAUGAAGAAUAAUCAGAUUUUCGUGGGAUUCUGGGCCUUUGAUUGGGUCAAUAUCGAAGCCCAUUUCACUUGAUUCUCAAGGAUAUUGGGCCUUUAAUUGGGCCAAUCUUUUUGCUAAACUCUCUUGGUCUUCAUGGACAUAGGCCGUUGCAAGUUUUACCUCAAAACCGGCUUCACUUCACCUUUAAUUUUGGGACUACAUCGGGCUAAGAAUGAAUCCCACCUCAUUUGACUUCCAUGGAAUUAGGCCGUGGGAUCGGCCAAUCUCAAACUCCACAUUAGUUGACUUUCAAGAAUAAGCUCAAUUGUCUUGACCAUGAUCAAAAGUCAGCUCGACUACCAUGAAAUUAUGCCAUUAUUAGCUACCGUGAAAACAGACCUCGUUUUAGUAUUCAUUCAUUUGAACUAAUAUGAAAACCCUACCCCAUUUGAUUAUUAUGCAUUGAGUUAUAGGUUCCAUGAUUUUAAUGAGCCAAAACUCUUCGACCUAAUUUUGUUGAUGAAACCAUGUUAGGAUGUGCAAAUCAAUGAUAUAAAAAAUGAUUAUAAUAAUCUAUGGUGCUUUAUGUGAAAAACUCUCAAGUUAGAUAAAUAAUGUCAAUGGUUAGUUUCAGGAUGGCAGCAUGUCACCAAACUAUACAGAUAAAUAGGAAUAUUUCAAUUACAUGAUAUAUUAGUUGGAUUGCGCAACUUACUUCACUUCUUAAGUAACGACGUUAUGUCUAACUUCUUGGGUUUCACUAAUCAUUUAAUAAAUACACAUUGAAAUGUACAUUUAACGUAUCUUUAUAAUUGAAUUUAAUAACUCUGGCCAACUUAGGAAUUUACCUAAGAGUCCUUCUUUAGAUUCACAACUCUAUAAGACCAAUGAAUAUUAGUUACAACUAAUAUCUUCUAGGUUAAGGCUCUAUAUAAGUCCUAAGUGCAAAAGAAUUUCAAACACAAGGUAAAACUAGCCUUACUACUCUUAGAUGUUCAACACCUAUUGUUUCUCGUUAUGGUCAUUGUAGAAGUUUUAGUAUUCUUGAGUUGAGCAUGUCAAGUGGAUACACAUUUUUGGGGUCAAAUAUGCAUCAAAUUUGUGCAGAAUCUCAAAAGAAGAUGGAUUGAAUAUGAUUUCUUGUUUAACAUUUUCUCUUUCUUCAUAUCUCACCAUCUUAGUUUUAAAAUAGGCCUAUCCUUAUAUAGACAUUUUUCUAAGUAAUAUUUGAUUUUCAGAUUAUUAGGCCACUUUAUUGACCUCCUAGUGGUAUGAAAAAUGAAGAGGAAUGAGAGAAGGAUGCCCUGAAGCCUAUUUGAGGAUGAGGUGAGAACAAGCCAAGAGUAUGAUAAGAUGAGGGGAUUGACGCUUGUUAGUGAGUGAUGUCAUGAGUGAGGAGUUGCCAGGGCAUUGAGAUGAUACAAUGGCUGAAGAGAUGUCGACAAGACAAGCCCUCCCCCCUAGGAAGAGGUGAGGAAGCAAAUUAUAAAUAAAAUUUUAAAUAUAUACUCUAUCAACAAAAAACAUCAUCAUGCCUAUAUUUUAAACUGCAACAAUAAAGAUUCAUUGUUAAAAGUAAUAUCAAUUAAACAUCUUGACAUUUUUCUACAUAAUUCGUUACAUUGGAAUCCUCUUCCAAAGAACUUUAUAAUAUUUACUUAUAUAUAUCACUAAUGUCAAUUAAUAUAUAUAUAUAUAUAUAUUAAAUGAUGAUUGUUUUACAUGAGAGAACUCUUUAUAAAAUUUAUAGUCAAGUAUUAACUUAUUGCCCCUCAGUGAAUUGUGUUGGCUUUGAUGUGGUUAAGUGGAACAUCAAAAGUAGGGGUAAAAUUAGUUUCUUACGAUCUUUGUUUUAUUUUUCUCUUUUAUUUAUGAGUGUAUGUGUUAACAUAAGUUCUCACAUAAUUAUUUUGAGUUGAGUUUAAUCUCUCUCUCUCUCUCUCUCUCUCUCUUUUUCUCUUUACGUGGGUUUACUCUAGGUUCUAUCUCACUCAUCAACACAAAGGACAUAGAAUUUUUAUUGAAAUUUACCUCUUACUAGGAUACUUCAAAUCUCAUAGGAUCCUGUUCUAGAGUUCACUAUUUUUUUCUGAAAUACAACUGAUUUCAUGGGAUUAAUGGCCCAAAUCAAUCUUGUUUGAUCUCCACAAAGAUCACAUCACUUGUAGAUAAAGUUUAACUCUCAACACCACAUGUCUUAGUUAAAUACACCACAUGUCUCAACACCACUUGUAGAAAAAUUCUUAUCUUUUCAUCACUUGAAAAAUGAUCAUACAAAUUAAAAUUUAUUAUUGUUACUUUGCUGACAUGUCAGUGACUUUUAUUUGUUCUUCGAUUCAAAGCUCAUUAUUGCAUGUAACUUAUCCUUGAUAUUUUGUAUUGGUAUUCUUAAUAUAUCAACGAAUAUUUUUGCUUUCAAAGUUAAGCUCAAAUAAUGUCAUUGAGUUUGUCUUUUUCUCCACAUAUCUAGCUGAUGUGUUACCAUCCAAUAUAUAUGGUGCUUAUUGUUAUCUCAUAAAUGAUAUUUGAAACUUGAUUUGAUGAUACGUGAUCUAUCAAUGAUCAUCUUUGCUUCUAAGGUUGAGUUGAAGUCUAUUCAUUUGAUCUAUCAUUUUCUUCAUGUGCUAUGUUGAUGUGUUACCAUGUGUAAUACAUGACAAAGACAUCUCCAUUUUUGUGAGUUUCAUGAGAACACAAGAGUUUGAAUCUUGUCUUAGCCAUUAAUCCUUUGAUAUUUCUUUAUAUUUCUCUAAUUAGUUUUCUAGCAUGUUAUCACUAAGGUCUUGAUUUUGAUCCUACUAAUGACUUUACAUUUAUGUCAUUUUCAAAUAUUUCAGUUGUUGAGAGUUCUACCUUUUCGUUGUGUAAGUCUUUAGUCCAAAUCUUAUACUUGACUUCAUAUAUAUAUUACUUUUUUCAGGAGUUUUUCUCAUUGAAGCUUUCGAUUUCACAUCACUUAGGUUCUAUGUUUGAGUCUUAUAAGUGACUUCACAUUUUUUUGAUUUUACAUGAUACUUCUUCACGUGUUGAAACUUAUUUUUAUGUACUAUAUCAAAAUAAUAUUAUGAUGUAUUAUAUUUAAUAUAAAACUAUCUCAAGGAUAUAACUCGUUGGAUUCAUUGUUAGUUGUAAGAUUAUUCAAUUAUCAUUAAUGUGUAUUUUAAAUAUUUUUCAAAGAUACUAGACUUUUAAUAUCAAUAUUUAUGUAAUUAAUUUAUGAUUAAGAUGAAUCUUUAAUAAAUAUUAUGUAAAUAAUGUGUAAAUAAAAUUUCAUUUAGAAAUGUCGAUACCACGGACAUCUUCAAGUUGUACUUAGAGUACCAAAUCUCAAUAUCAAGUAAUCAAGAUCAUCAAUUAACUAAUUGUACAAUAAUUCAAGUUAGUAACUUGCUCUUCCAUGCAUAUAGUCAUCAUGAGACCAUUUUAGGCUCAUCAAAGACAUCAUCAGUCCCUAUAAUAAAGUAUUAAAUAGUCAUUUUAAAAAAUCACACAAAAAUAGUGACAUAAGUAGAAAAUAAUGAAAUCAAAAAUAGUGACAAAAGUGUCAGUAUGACUGAAAUAACUAGUUUGCCCAAAAGCAUAACAUGAAGAAAUUAAAAUAUUUUAUAGAAUUACAAUGUCAAAUUUUAUUUAUAUAAUAAAUUACAUUAAUAAUCUAGCAUAGCUUAUUACAUAUAUCAAGGUUAAUAUCCCAAUAUAUGAUAAAUUAUAGUGCAUAAUAAGAGAAUAUAUAAACUUUUUGUCAUUUGAUACAUGUAAAUUAAAUUGCCUAACACUAGCACCAAACUUAUGAAUAGAGUUAAAGUAAGUUAGUGUAUUGAAUACAAUUUCAAUAUGUGAAAACACAUUAUACUAUGACAUAACAUAUCUAACUUAAUAUGUAUGUUAGAAUCAUUACUUGAUCUCCUAUUGAAUCAAGUAUUAGAAAUUAUGAGGAGACUAAGAUGGAAGGAAGAAAAUCAACUAGAACUCUAUUUUUUUCAUAAACUCACAAAAGUCGAUGUCCAUCUUUUAUUCCAAUCCCAUUAGUCACAAAACGUACUAGACUAAUAUGAGCCAUAAUGGGCUGGAUUGGUCUAAGUUCAUAUCGACUAAAAUAAAAUGUGUAAGUUAAGAAGGUUGGAUUAACUUGAGGCAAAUAAAAUAUAGUAAUAGAGAAAAGAAAAAGCAAUAUGAUAAUAGAUAAAUAAAAUGCAUCCUUUUUGACAUUGUCUCUCAAGUUGGAGUGUAUGACAAUUAUCCUGAGCUUGGAUAUAAGGUGAUUAAUAGUAUUUUUGAUCAAAUCUAGUAAAGAAAUCUACAUCUUGAUCUCUUGUUGCUAUGUUUGAUGUACAUAUGAACCUACUCUCUAUCUUAUCUUUAAUAAAUUUUUCAUUUUUUUUAUACUAUACUAGAUUAUGUACAAUACUAAUUUCUACUUUAUUAUCUCAAUAAAGUUUUAUUAGACCCUCCAACUUUAUUUUUUAAGUCCUCAAGAAGAAUUUUCACCUAUCACACUUGACAUAUACAUUGAAUCAUGACUUUGAGUUCUAUUUUCAAACUUGAGCUUUUCACCACAUUUUUUUCUCAAUAUAGAUGAUUAUGUUCCAAUCAUAAAAGAUGUAGUAUCAUGAGGUAGAUCUUAUGUUAAUAAUAUAUCAUACAUAGUUAACAUAAUUGUAUGUCUCAAACAAUACUUUUCCAUUUUUUUUUAAUAAAAAAUAUUUUUCUACUAUUCCUUUGAGGUAAUAUAAUACUCAAUAAGCUGCAUAUAAAUGUAUUUACUUUAUAUUAUACAUAAAUAGACUGACCACAUUUGCUACAUAAGUUAUACUAAGAGAUGUAUCAAACAAAUAAAUCAAUUGCUUAAUUGGUAUUUGGUACAUCUCUUUGUUUACAAUCGAAUCUUUAGUUUUAUUAAGUUUAAGAUUUGAAUCUAUCAAAAUAUUUUUUGAUUUACAUAAAAAUUUUACUAGUUUCUUCUAAGAGAUCCAUAACAUACUUAUAUUAAGAUAUGAAAAUCUACAUGUUCGAAUGAGCUACUUUAGUUCUAAGAGAAUACUGUAACAUAUUAGAAUGGUAGGAUUAAUUGAAAUACAAAGAAGGAGAGGGGGAGUAGAGUUUCUAAAAAUUAUGAUGAUUUUUUCAUUUUGAGACAAGUUACUACUUUGGCUUAUCUAUAUGUCAACAAAGGGAGGUGAAUGUGUCUAAAGGCUCUUUAAAGGUAAUAAGACUUUUUAAUACAUUCUCACUAAGAACAUAAAACUUUUCUAUUGGUUCACCAUUUACUAGACCACUAAUUUUAGAUUCUUAUCUUUCAAUAUUAGACUAUUUCACCCCUUCUCUUCUAAUGUUAAUUAUUAUCAUCAAGAAUGCACAUUGAUUUUAAUGAGAUCAUUUGUCUCUUUAGAGACUUAGCCCCUCUUGAGUCAAAAAUGUCACUACACUAAUGUUAAGACUACGAAGUAGUGUGAGAUAGUGUGGGACAUGCAUGACUACGAGGAGUGUGCGAGUAAUGUUAAGAAGAUGUCGAGGUUUCUAUUUAAUGAUGUCAUUUUGCUAAAAAGUGUAGAGGCAAGUAGUCUGAUGAAUGAUGUACUAUCUUUGAAAAAGCUUUGAAAAGUAUUUUGGAUAAAUUUUAGGACAUUGUCGGUGCAGAGAAUUUUGGAAGUAGUAGAGUACUGUGUAAUGAUCUCUAUGAUGUAUUAAUGAAUCGUGUUGUGAAUUUGAAAGUAGCUUUUGAGAAGAUAUACUCGUGUAACAUGAGUAUAGUCAUCGACAAAGAUAAUAUAGUAUUAUAAUUUUAUCGGAGAAACAACUCGAGAUAAUCCCCACAUGUCUAGUGAAUGAGGUUGAACGGUCGAAAAGUGGAGAUAAAAUCUCAAGGUGGAUAUGUAAAGUGGUGAUGCUAGCCUAAUUGUCACGACUCGCACACAAACUCGAAAAUAGUAAGCCAUAGAAAGAAUUUUUAAAGUUUCAAUAAAUAUGGAUGUCUCAUAUGUUGAUGUCACAAAAUGGAUAAAUUUUAUGUGGAAGAAGUUACAAAAUUAAAAGUCCAGAGGAAGGAGAGUCGGAAAUGAGCUCAUAGACACCACUACUGUUCUCACUGGCCCAAACUAAUCCUCUAUUUGAUAUGCAAGUCUUGGAAGACAUAAUGAUAAGGAAAAAGAUGACGACGUAGUAUAGUACACGAGUGAUGACACUAAUUGACACAAGAUUCUUAAGAAAACCGAGAACAUAAAGUACGUCAUAGAGUGAGAGAUUAGUAGUCAAAGUGGUUGUGUCAUACCCUUUGACAGGGAAAGAAUAGUCGUCAGCAAUAGAGACAGAAAGAAGAUAAUUGAUGGGUGUAAGAUAAUGGAUAAGAGAGGGAAACCUUGUCACAUGAGCAAAGGCCCUUAAGUUGAUAAGCCAAGAAGUAAGAGAGGCGAGUAAAGCAUGUGUACAUGAAGUGGGUGUGUCAUAUGCAGAAGUGGAGGCAAGGUCGAUAGAAGAGCCAUGAGAGGAAGCGUGAGAGUCCUUUAAUUAUGCAUACUCUUUAGGAGUCAUGUUGUCUAGACUAUGGAAGUAGACGAUGCAUGCGGAGGAGUCAUAGAAGACAAGUCUUGACCCCAUACCGGCUUGCCAAACUCCUUCCAAUAUUUCUCAACCAUGUGAUUUUGCUUACCACAAUAUAGGCACGGAGGGAAGGAAUUCUUCUACUUAGUCGAUCCCUUUCCCUUCCUAGCGGUCUUGGAGCCAUAACCUCUAUCAACACCUAUGGUAGAAAGUGCAAAGAGAUUAAGAGUUGCGGGAGCAGCAUGAGCAAGAGGCAUGCUAGUGUGCACAUGAAGAGCCACUGAGAAGAUAUUUGUCAUCAAAUGAACUUGAGUGCUAGAGAGGACUUGGCCACAUAUUUGAUUGACGAGCUCCGGAUAGAGACCGCUGAAAAAGGCCCCUAUGUAGAGUUUGUCACAAUGGCGAGUGAGGGUAGACAGAUUCGUGAAUUGGUGGCUGAUAAAUAAAUAGCUUAGUGACAAUAUUUUAUAAUUUACCAAAAUACUCAUAGAAUGAUCGACUACUUGCUUAUAAGCAAAGAGUGAUUCAUAUGGACAGAUGGUGCAAUUGAUGUUGGUCUUAUUCGCUUACAUUGUCUCGAGAGUUUAUCAUAAUCAAUGGGUUGACUUUAGGUGACUGAGAGGUCGAAUAAUGAAAGGCUCAAUAUUUUGACAAAGCCAAGUGCUAACGGCAAUGUCAAGAUAUCCCAAAUGAAGAUAGUUUGGAGAUGUGACAUUAGGCGGAGGUGAUUGGAGGUGAUGUAGAAGUUGAUGAGCAUGAAGGAAUUUUUCAAAUGUAGACACCGACGAGUCAUAAUUGGUGCCAUCAAAGACGUAGACUAAGAGACUUAAUGCAACUGUAAGAGAAUGCUGAUGCCCUGAGAUUAGAUCUUGGAGGGUUGUCAUGCUAAUGUGGAGGACGAGAAAGGGCCGACACAUGGCACGCACAAGAGAGGGUUGGCACAUGGUGCGAGGUAGGGUGGGCUGUGCGUGAGAGAGAGUGGGCACAGAUGCUACGUUGAUAGUGGUGCAGAGAAACCGGUGGCUGAGGCCAACAGCAAGGGGGUGGAUUCCCUGAGAUCAACACCCAGAGGGGCGCAUCCUAAUGGUGACAAAUGUUGUGUGGGUUGUAGUGCAGAGAAACCGGUGGCUGAGGCCACUAGCGAGGGGCUAGAGUCCCUAAGAUCAGCUCCUAGAGGGGGUUUCCCUGAUGGCAAUAGAGUUCCCUAAUGAGGCCACCACGAAUAGAGGUAGUGUCGAAGAUGUCAUUGGAGGAUUGACGACGAGGAAUGGUGAUGUGAGUGAGUAUAGCAGGGGCGACGGAUCAAGUCCUUAUGGCUCUAAUACCAUGUGGAGAGAAGAGCACUAUAAACCCUUAGAAUCGAGAGAGAGAAAAAUGAAGAUGAGUAGAAGGCUUUAUAGUGGCCCUAAUUGACCCUAAUGGGUUAGGUCCAUAGUGAGCUGAUGUCGUAAUCUAACAUAUAUGUAGAUGUUUCAAUGUAAAAAACCAUUGUUGACACAUUAUAAAAUUUCCAUACUUAUUUUAGUGCAUGAAAAGCUUAUAUUGUAGAGCAAUAAACUUAAUAUUUCAAUAAAUGAAAUUUAUAGUGGAAUAAUAUUUACAUCAAAGGUUAAUACUCGAUCGUACCAAGUUUACAUUGCAAAAUAAUGUGGUACAUAAAAAAUAAUAUAUCAACAUCUGUAAAGUUUGUAUUAUAGAUUCUUCUACUACAUAAAUGAUAAUAUUAUAGUAUAACAAGAUCACAUGACAAUAGUACACAACAUCAAAACUAAUAUUUUAUUAUAUGAUAUUUAUCUUAUAGAAUAAAAAACACAUCUUAACUAAUAUUUAAUGUAAUAAUUUUAUAUUUUAGAACAAAGAAAUACAUGAAGUAUGAGAUGUUAGGUUUUAGGCUACACUAAAAUUUAGAGGGGGGGUUCAAUUGACCAAUAUACUAUUUGUUCAUCUUUAGAUAAGAUCUCUUCUACAAAUAGUUCUUUGAGUGACAACUAGUUAAUUGUUUUCUAUUUACUUGACAAAGAUCAUAAUUUUUAUAUUAGUUUCAUCACUACCUAUGUCCACUCUAUAAGAAUAAUUUUUAUUAAGAAAAAUGAAUUUAAUCAAACUAAAAAAAGACCUAACCAGAUAUGUCCCCAAUAAGAGAAGUAGGUAUGUCAUGCUUGCUUAGAAAUAACAGUCCACACUUGUUUCCAAUUUUCAUAAGAAGAGAAGAAUACCCACUAACUUAUGUUUUACUAAUACCAAUAAUCUUAACUAAUGAUAUUAUCAUAUAAGGGUUAAAUAGAAUAUUCACAAAGUCUUAACAAAAAUAUGGUGAACAUAAGAGUUUAACAAACCUCGAUUAAAUGUAUGUCUCACCAAGCCUAUUGAACACAAAGGCCUCAACAAACUUAUGUUGAACACAAAGUCUUUGCAAAUCUCCAUUGGAUACAAAGGCCUCUACAAGCCUACACUAAACACAAUAACUUUAGAAACUCUAGUGAAUGCAAAGGCCUCAACUAGCCUAUAUUGGAUUUAUCAGCUCUGAGAAAUGAGAAGAUUAUACUCAAUUUCAUGUUAAGAAUGUGUUUAUAUCCAUACGUCUUUAACAUGUACAUUGGUAGUGUACAUGAGGCAUUGAUUGCUUCAGUCACAACAUUUUUUUCUUCUAUUUAUAGUGUUUAAUUCACUUCUAAGAUUGUGUAGACACUUUGGUUGGAGUAUAUAAUCAUUAUGGCUCCCAUUAUUAUUUUUUGUUCUCAAUAUUAUUAGAUACAAGCCAAAGUUGUCUUUAUACGUUGAAUUUGGGCUAUCCACUGGUCACUCUCAAUAGUUGGAAGUUGGGCUAUUUGUUUUCACAUCAGAACAUAGGCUUGAGAUUCAUAAAAGGUAUGUAGUAUUUUUGCAUGAUGCUAAAUUUAAAAAUAUCUUUUUAACAUGUACACAUGACCUAUAUAUGUGAUAAAAACUUGUUUUUAAUUUACAAACUAUUUAAUUAUAUGAGAUGUAUGAAGAUUAUUUUAUUCUUGCAUUAAUUUACAAAUGGUAUAAUGGUUUGAAACUAUUCAUUAUUCAAGUGAGAAGAUAAUCCUAAGCAUUGUGGCAAUAGAAGUUACAUAAAAUAUGGACUCAUGUCUACAUUUAAUGUGUGGCAAUUUUAUGGAAGAACCAUUAAAUCUAUUUAAUGAGAAUUUAGCAAAUAGCAUACCUUCACACUAACUUGAACAGCACUUUUCAAUUUUCCAUCUAGCAUAAACUGUCAUAUCAAUACAAGAUAACAAGGUUAGAAAAUAGAAGAAACAAUUGUAAAAUUCUUGCAAGCAUUAAUAUAGUAGACAAUUUUUUGAGUAUGCUAGUAUGUCAUGUUUUAGUCAGAGGAUUGCUCAAUAGUUUGAAUUAUAUUCAUGUCAUUCAUUUAAACUGAACUUUAGAAUUAAGAGACUUGGAUGAGGAAGGGUGUGGAGUUUGAAAGAUGGUCAUACAUUCUAAAGUGCCAUACAUUUAGAUAAUUAUAACUCAAGUUCAACACUUAAGAAAUUCAGCGCAAUUGAUUAAUACUUAAUUAAAAAUCAUAUUUCUCUUAUGUUGUGUGUCUCGUCCUUAUGUUUCAUGAUUAAAAUAAAAUAGCUACUGAAUCCUUGCCUUUAUUAUUAUAACCUAAAAAUCACUCCUUCCUUUAAUUUUAUGGAAUUUGGGCCCUUUAUCAACCCUAUUGAUUAUGGGCUUUUAUUAGGCUAAUCUUGAUGGCCCAUAGUAUUUCUUAAUUUCCUAAAUUCUAGUUUUAGAAGAGCACAUUAGUGCCGCGAAGGUCUUGUGUGGUCAUGCUCUUUUAGAGAAAUGAGCACCACUUAUCUAUUGCCACGUGGAUAAUAUAUGAGAAUAAUCGUGCAUGGAAAUUCUUAAUUAUUGCACUAAUUAAAUAACUAUGAGAAUAAUUUAAAUAAAAUAUUUAACAUAAAAUAGAAUAAAUGGCAUACAUAUUUAAAUCGACUGCGAGUAAUUUGAGGGAUUUUUUUACAAAUGAAUAAAUAUCCGACCCUAAAUAAUAGUAAUAUAUAUAUAGAGAGAGAGAGGGAGAGAGGAACGGUUUCGGUGAAGCCGUUCCUGGGGUAGCCAUUUAUGGUAAGGAUCGGCCCCCUCUUUCUCUCUUCCACGUGUCUCCAUCCUAUUCACCUGAUUGAAGCAUCACGAUCCUGAUAUCACUGCCCUUGCAGCAUCUCUCUGUCUAUUACUCCUAACCUGGUCCUCGUAUUUCUCUCCCACUCUAACCCCGCAUCUCUCUCUCUCUCUCUCUCCCUCGCUCGCUCGCUUUUUGCAUAAAUAUAUAUAUGGCCAUAUAUAUGGCCCUUUUAGCUUUGCUUCCAUGCAUGGGUUUCUCCUUCCUCUCUCUGCAUCUGCCCCUCUGUGAUCCCCUCCCUCUCCGCUUCCCUCACCCGCCGCAGCUGAGAGAAAGCGGACCCUUCCAUCAGAAGCUACAUCAGACUCAGUCUCCAGGGUAGAGAGAGAGAGAGAGAGAGAGAGAGAGAGAGCAGAGAAGAACUGGUAGACGGUUCAUUUAGGGAUAUGCCAGAGUUUGGAUCUUCGUCUCCUCUAUCUCGAGGCGGGGGGGCUGUUCUUUGA